GGUGAAACAGAAAAAAAAUCGCUUUUAACUGGAAAUGCAAAUGGAAUUGAACUUCUGGAUAUGUACACUGUCAUAUCGAUGUGAAAAUGGAAGUACAAAUAUUUCGCUCUACUUAGAAAUGUGUUUAAGUUUAAAAUCCGUGCGUAACUGUUUCCUGGAUAAUUGUCUCCUUCCAUGAGUAAAUGAAGCGAGCGUCGUGGUGAGAAUAUGAGCUAUUGGUCUGCUGUCAAAGCAUUUUUUUAAGGUAACCUCAUGGCACUUAAAACAGUAUCCGGUUAUCUUAAAGAAACUUUAUAAAAUAGGUGUUCAUUUAACGAAGCGCCUCUUGUAUUUCAGCAGCAUGAGAAGGACUGCGCUUCUUUUCUUCUUAUUUACCUCCUAGCGCAUUUGGAUACAGCUGCUACACAGAACACGGCGGUGAGGACAGAGACAUAUCAUUUUGGAAACUACACCCUUAAAAAGUGAUUUAAUCAAGUGUAAUAUAUGUUCGUGUCUAAAAGGGUACAACACAGCAGGUGAAGUAAACGUCACUCUCUCCCCGCCCAUGAAGCGCCUGUAUGACAUAGCUGAAGUGAAGCAGGGCUUCCACUCGGGAAGAUGACACAGGAGGAGAGGAUCAUCUCAAGAAUUGACACGGAAGCCGAUUUCUCACCACGUCCCCAUAGUUUCAAGAUAACCUUUCUGGAGAGGAUAUAAUCAAAUAAGAACAUCAAUGCUUUUUUUUUCCUCCCGAGAAGAGCAGAUAAAUGUUUUAUAUUUUUUAAAGUAGAAAGAAGCUAGAAGCUUUGGCGAGAAGUAGAAAAGAUCAUUCACUAGGGUGAAAUAUGGAACGUGGAUUAUUCAACCACCUGUUCUCAGCGAGGACCGCUGUGCUCUGUUGUUUCUUCUUAUUUUUCUGUCAUGAGAAGACCCACUCACAUGCGGAGGACGAGCUCUUCAAGAAGCUCUUCAUCGGGUACAACAAGUGGUCCAGACCCGUACCCAACAUCUCAGACGUGGUCAUCGUCAAGUUCGGACUCUCCAUAGCACAGCUCAUUGAUGUGGACGAGAAGAAUCAGAUGAUGACCACCAACGUCUGGCUGAAACAGGAGUGGAAUGACUACAAGCUACGCUGGACGCCGUCUGACUACGACAACGUCACGUCCAUCAGAGUCCCGUCUGAACUCAUCUGGGUCCCAGACAUCGUCCUCUACAACAAUGCAGACGGUGAGUUCGCCGUGACCCACAUGACCAAGGCCCACCUGUUCUACAAUGGGAAGGUGCGCUGGGUUCCCCCGGCCAUCUAUAAGUCCUCCUGCUCUAUAGACGUCACCUUCUUCCCCUUCGACCAGCAGAACUGCAAGAUGAAGUUUGGCUCUUGGACCUACGACAAGGCUAAAAUCGACCUGGAACGCUUCGAGAACACUGUGGAUCUCAACAACUACUGGGAGAGUGGAGAGUGGGCCAUCAUCAACGCAGUGGGAACAUACAACACCAAGAAGUACGACUGCUGUCAUGAGAUCUACCCUGAUAUCACCUACUUCUUCAUCAUCAGACGGCUGCCUCUCUUCUACACCAUCAACCUGAUCAUCCCCUGUCUGCUCAUCUCCUGUCUCACCGUCCUAGUCUUCUAUCUUCCCUCAGACUGUGGGGAGAAGAUCACUCUGUGUAUCUCCGUCCUCCUCUCCCUCACCGUCUUCCUGCUCCUCAUCACGGAGAUCAUCCCUUCCACCUCCCUGGUCAUCCCUCUGAUUGGAGAAUAUCUCCUCUUCACCAUGAUCUUCGUCACUCUCUCCAUCGUCAUCACCGUGUUUGUCCUCAACGUCCACCACCGCUCCCCGGGGACCCAUAAGAUGCCUCGCUGGGUCCACUCUGUCUUCCUGGACCUGAUCCCCAGGUGGCUGUUCAUGAGGCGGCCCGCGCCGGACGGACGGAGACGCAGGUUGUUGAUGCUCCAGCAGGGGGCAGCGAUGGCACGGCACCAGGGACGGACCAUUAACCCCAGACCAGCAGGCCUAGGCAUUCCUCCCUUCCUCAGCACCUCAGCCAGCUGGCUCCGGGACGGAGGAGGGACAAUGGAGGACCUACAAAGACGGACACUUUGUUAUGAGGACCUUGAGCUGGGGGAGCUGACUUCUUACUUCUCCUUCCGUCCUCCGUCACCCAGACCUCCGGGCUCCACCCCUCCGCCCCAGCAGAACCAUCCACACCCAGGGGCAGGGCAGCCUCAUAACCGCCUGGAUGGAGGGGUUGAAGGAGGAGGAGGUGGGGUGAAUAGAAGGGUUAACCCGACCCAGCGACCGGAUAACUUGGUGUCAGACUCUAGAGAGAUAGAGUUCCCUCUGUCUCCCAGCGUGAUACGUGCUCUGGAGGGACUGCACUAUAUCGCAGACCACCUGAGGGCAGAGGACGCAGACUUCAGUGUGAAGGAAGACUGGAAGUACGUUGCCAUGGUGAUCGACCGUAUCUUCCUGUGGAUGUUUAUCAUUGUGUGUCUCCUAGGAACCAUUGGACUCUUCCUCCCUCCCUGGCUGGCUGGCAUGAUAUAGGACGUGGACUCUUCCUCCCUCUCUGGCCAGCAUGAUAUAGGACCUGGACUCUUCCUUCCUACCUGGCCAGCAGGAUAUAGGACCUGGACUCUUCCUUCCUACCUGGCCAGCAGGAUAUAGACCUGGACUCUUCCUUCCUACCUGGCCAGCAUGAUAUAGGACCUGGACACUUCCUUCCUACCUGUCUGGCCAGCAUGAUAUAGGACCUGGACACUUCCUUCCUACCUGGCAGGCCAGCAUGAUAUAGGACCUGGACACUUCCUUCCUACCUUGCUGGCCAGCAUGAUAUAGGACCUGGACACUUCCUUCCUUCCUACCUGGCUGGCCAGCAUGAUAUAGGACCUGGACACUUCCUUCCUACCUGGCUGGCCAGCAUGAUAUAGGACCUAGACACUUCCUCCCUGGCUGGCCAGCAUGAUAUAGGACCUGGACACUUCCUCCCUCCCUAGCUGGCCAGCAUGAUAUAGGACCUGGACUCUUCCUUCCUACCUGGCCAGCAUGAUAUAGGACCUGACUCUUCCUUCCCACCUGGCCAGCAGGAUAUAGGACCUGGACUCUUCCUUCCUACCUGGCCAGCAUGAUAUAGGAUCUGGACCUUUCCUUCCUACCUGGCUGGCCAGCAUGAUAUAGGACCUGGACACUUCCUUCCUACCUUGCUGGCCAGCAUGAUAUAGGACCUGGACUCUUCCUCCCUCCCUGGCUGGCUGGCAUGAUAUAGGCCCUGGCCUCUUCCUCCCUCUCUGGCUGGCCAGCAUGAUAUAGCACCUGGACUCCUCCAACCUCCCUGGCCAACAUGAUAUAGGACCUACACACUUCCUCCCUGGCUGGCCAGCAUGAUAUAUCACCUGGACUCUUCCUACCUCUCUGGCCAGCAUGAUAUAGGACCUGGACACUUCCUUCCUCCCUGGCUGGCCAGCAUGAUAUAGGACCUAGACACUUCCUUCCUUCCUCCCUCCCUGGCUGGCCAGCAUGAUAUAGGACCUGGACACUUCCUUCCUUCCUACCUGGCUGGCCAGCAUGAUAUAGGACCUGGACUCUUCCUCCCUCCCUGGCCAGCAUGAUAUAGGACCUGGACACUUCCUUCCUCCCUGGCUGGCCAGCAUGAUAUAGGACCUGGACUCUUCCUUCCUACCUGGCUGGCCAGCAUGAUAUAGCACCUGGAUACUUCCUUCCUACCUGGCUGGCCAGCAUGAUAUAGGACCUGGACACUUCCUUCCUACCUGGCUGGCCAGCAUGAUAUAGGACCUGGACUCUUCCUCCCUCCCUGGCUGGCUGGCUGGCAUGAUAUAGGCCCUGGCCUCUUCCUCCCUCUCUGGCUGGCCAGCAUGAUAUAGCACCUUGACUCCUCCAACCUCCCUGGCCAACAUGAUAUAGGACCUAGACACUUCCUCCCUGGCUGGCCAGCAUGAUAUAUCACCUGGACUCUUCCUACCUCCCUGGCCAGCAUGAUAUAGAACCUGGCCUCUUCCUUCCUACCUGGCUGGCCAGCAUGAUAUAGGACCUGGCCUCUUCCUUCCUACCUGGCUGGCCAGCAUGAUAUAGGACCUGAAUCUUUCCUUCCUACCUGGCCAGCAUGAUAUAGGACCUGGACACUUCCUUCUUACCUGGCCAUUAUGAUAUAGGACCUGGACUCUUCCUUCUUACCUGGCCAGCAUGAUAUAGGACCUGGACUCUUCCUUCCUUCCUGGCCAGCAUGAUAUAGGACCUGGACUCUUC